AUGCCUUCCCUCGCCAGGUUCUUCAACGCUAGCCUCCUGCUUAUGGCAGCCGGCCUAGGCUCCGCCGCCCAAUUCAGCGCCGAGCACGAGGAUGGUGUGUAUUUCAUCUCGACGGCAGACUCUGGGAAAGAAGUCUAUGAGAAGCUGGACUUUAAUUUAACUCUUCCCGAGGGUCUUAAGCCGUCGGAGCAAUCGCGCAAGCGAUACACCUAUCUCCCAUCGGGCGCGUACGCCGAAUGCGAUGGCACUGCGGUCGACGAGAAUGAUUUCUAUUCGAUUGCAUAUGACAAGUUUUGGUUCUGGUGCUCGAACCAGGGCGCCAGCAACAAGCUGGGCAAGGGCAUUUACGCCGUGAAGACAUCAAAUACCGCUACCUUUAUGUGCAAUACGACACCGAAUCCUUGCAACGUGAACGAGUGGUGGGAAUCUAUUAAUACCGUCGGCAAGAAGUGCACUUCUUCUUCGAAGAACUGGAUCGAGGGUGGUUGGACGCAGAUUCCUUCGUGGCACAAGUCUUAUGGAUUCACCGAUGUUUAUGCGAGCUUCUGCGUGUAAGAACCGGGGUAUCAGUAUUAGGUAGACGUUAAGAAGGCGAAAUAAGAGGGGAAGAGGUA